UAUUUUAGACAUCUCUCUUCUUGAAGUAAUUUUCUGUGCAAAACUUAGAAAAAAUUUGUGUAAAAAUUGAAAAAAUAACAUUUAGACGUGAUAAAAUUAUGAAAUUUUUAUAAAAUCUAUAACAAAAGCAACAUUUACAAUAAAAUUACUAAGAUUUCCCUAGUAAAAUAGUUGCCAAAGUGUUAAAAUAAAUGAAUUUAACCAGUUGGCCCCCAUACUAGUAAAGUUGUGUUGUAGUAGAGCCAAGAAAAAGGCGCCACCAAGAAAGACAAGUAAAUAUUUGGGGAAAAUAUAAAGUAAAAAAAAAAUUAAUAAUAUUGCUGUUAAAAAGAAAUGCCCCGUCUGUUGGCUGCUGAGUAUGUGUACUCUGGCGCUUUGGACGACAGUUAUAAUGACUAUGUAAUAACAACAUCCUCACCCACUAUAACACAUGCUACACUACAUCCUCUAGAGCCUACACAACAGAUGAACACAGCUAUGCCUUCAAAUGUAGCAACAGCUCGUUCUUUGAGUCCCUCAGCAGAAGAGGCCCCUGCAGCAAAUACCCAACCAGCAACUGGCAUCAAGUUGCCUGAACAACAAAUCCAUACCAUAUCUUCAAGUGAAGAGGAUGAUGAAUAUGUUGUCGAAGAAAAUACCAUAGAGGAAGAAAUCACCAAUAUUUCUUCUGAUGAAAGUGGUGACUUUGAGGGUUUCGAUGAUUAUACUACGCCUAAUAGCAGUGGUCUAAUAAAUGAUGCUAGUCAAGAGGAUCUUAAUAAUUCUAGCAAUUAUCUAAAACGUCCUUCACAAAUUGAUUUCAAUGAAUAUCAUGAAGAUUCCGAGGGAGUUGUUGAGGCCAUUGAAGUUGACGAAGAUGAAGAGAUUGCCAUAGGUGAUGAGGGUCAGAUAAUGUAUUUGUCUAGAGAGGAGAUAACACCGACAAAGACACCAGCAUGUCGUUAUGAGCCGCAUACACCGAAUAAACGUAAAAAGCAAGAUAAUGAGACACAUUACAAUGCAAUUUCGCCCACACAACUAAAAACCCCACCGGAUCAAAUAGUUGAAGUUAAUUCGGAUUCAACAACAAAUUCCUUAAAACAAAAAAGACAACAAAUCAAUACCAAGUUUCAAUUGAAUCUAAGUCAGCAACAAAAUCAUCAAAAAUUCAAUAAUCCUAAUCAUAACAAAUGCUCUACAGAAUCAACCAGUGAAUUUCCAGUAAGUUCACCCUCAAAUCCACAACAACCAAGAGGUGGUGGUAAAUAUCCACCACGUCCUCCCUUGUUGAAAAAUACCCUGCCAGCCGAUUCAUUUGAACGUCAGCUGGCCAUGAUAACCGCAUGCAAUCCUCAAAUGACUUUGGCGGAGAAAAUCCAAUCUUGGGAUUGUGAUGAAGAAUUAAGUGAUGUGGAUGAUGUUAAUAGAUUCGAUGAAGAGUUUAAACGUUUGGAGAAACAGAAAAAAUUGGAAAUAAAACAAAGAGAGAAGAGUGGACGUCUUAAAAAUACCGAAAUGAAAAUCUAUGAUUUCUAUACUUUCCGCCAAAUGAUACUGAGCAAUAUGAAAGAACAAAAAAAUCAAAAAUAUAAUGCCGGUGGUCAGAUGGGAGCUGGAAGUGGUUUUGGUACUGCUGGUGGCAAAUGUAUAGAAACAUCGGGCAGUGAAUCCAGCAAAAGUGUUAUACAUGUCGAUGAUAGACCUUCAACUUCAGCUGUGGCUCAACAGCAAUUACAACAAAGACGUUCUAAGCCUCAAAUAAAUUUAGAAACUGGAGAACCAAAAAAACGUUUGAUAAAGGAAGUUCCGAAAAGAAAUCAGAACUCAACAACACCACCCCAAACAUCGUCAUCAGACAAUGAUUGUUUUCAAAAUUCCAACAAACCAAUCGGACACAAUAAGCUCACUGUGCGACAAAUCAAACUACACGAAAAGUUAUUAUGUCCCAGUAGUUCUGAGGAAGCCAUUAGCCAAGACGUACCUACACCUGUGCUAUUGAAAACUAACAACAAGUGUGCUACUGUAACAGUGAAAAAUGUUCACAAAAAAUCUCCCACACAACCAGCAGUCCCACCCACAAAGUCAAACGAAGCCAUGACAGAUAAUCCUAGACUUGUUACAGAUGAAGAAAUUGAUUCGGUUUUUCGGCUGCACCGGCUUAAUCGCGAAAGGGAUAAAUGCAACUCCUCACUAGUAAAUGAACCCGAAGAACAGCCCUCUAGUAUAAUACAAAUGCGUUUAGAUUUUGCUACCGAAAACAAAACCGAUAGUUUAAUGGCAAAAAAGCAGGAACUUUUUAAAACACCCAUUAUACCGCAUAAGUAUUUGGCAAAUUCAACGGCGAUAACAGAAACUCAAAGACAAACUACAGCAUCACCCACUAAACACAUAACAUGCAAUGAUGAGCGAAAUCCAGAAACUCCAGAACUAGUGAAUGUGACCGCAAAACCUAUAGAACAAUUUAGAAAUGUUAGCAGCCCAGAUAAGUCAGAGAAGGUGGGCAAUAAUGAUGAUGAAGAUGAUUUAGCUGGUGUCUAUCAUCAACAACAUGAAUUUUGCAAUUAUUUGGGCUUAACAGGUAUGUCAACAGCUACUGCUAUGGCAAAUGCUGUGGCAGAAUUAGCUCAAUGUAAUUUAGCCAGACGCUCCAUGCGUGUCUUACGUCAGCAGCAGCAAGAACGUCGUGACAAAUCUGCCAAGAAGGAAAAACAAUUGGAAGCUUUAAAAAUGAAACAACUUAAGGAGAUACAAAAGCGCGAAAAAGAUAGAGCAAAUGAUGUUACACCUACUGCAGUGGAAACGGAAGUUACAGCGAUCAAAAGUGAUGAAGGCUCCCAUUCGCAAACCUCCGAACCCACAACAUCUCUUAGAGAACCUGUAAAGAAAACAAGCAACAAUUCUACCACAAAAACAUCAACUAAAUCUCAAAAUUCGUUUAGCAUCAUCAAGAAAGAACCAGAAAUAAAAUACUUUGUCAUAUUGCUGCUAAAAAUAAAGAAGAAGCCGCAAAACUUUCACAAGAAUGUAUCAAAGAAAUCACACAACCUAUACGAGAAACAUUAUUGCGUCAAAAAGAAUUUUAAGAUCUCCCAGAUUAUCGGUGGUAAAACACUUUUAAGAAAUACCAGAAGUAGAUCUCAAAUGCCUAAUGAAUCCAAGCAAAAUCAAGAAACAACUCCGAUUGUUUGUAAACUUGAAUCUGUGGAAGAUACUGUAUCCGUAAGCAAAAGCUUAGAUAGCAAAAGUGCUACUCCUCUUUUAAAAGUGAAAGAUUUUAAAGAAGAAAUACUGGAACAAAAUUCCAAUGGUGAUGAACUAAGUAUUAUUAAACCGGCUAUACAUUUAGUUGCAUCAACACCCAGCAGCAUUAUACAACAAAAAUUACAAAUGGCUUUGGAGGAGUCACGUAAAUCUAAGCCAAGCAUCUUUAUAGUACAAGCCUUGGAAUGUAAAAAGGAACAGGUAAAGUCAUUGGAAAAUUACACUCCACAACCACUGCAAUAUCUGAAGAACAACAACUACAGACAACAGAAAUAAAUAUACCCGAAGAAAUCUCUUAAAGUGGAAAAUAAAUUUAACAAAAACCAUAUAAAACUAGGUCUAAAAACCCACAAAGGCAAAAAAUAUCCCACCUUCAAACGUCGUUUGCGUAACCGUAAAAUUAUUGUUAUAAAAACCUUAAAACCAAAACAAAAGUCAUAUGCCUCGUUGCAUGAAAUCAAAAGGGAACUCCGUUCAUCGCCUAGAAUUAACGAAAGCAACAAAAAGAACUCUCUUGUAAAUAAGCAAAUCAACAACAAAGAAAAGUAUGAGCCGCCUAAUAAAACAACCACUUCGAAUGAGGCAAAAAGUUAUCGUACUGUUCACACAGAAACCAAAGAUUUGGAAAUGUUUCUUGAUAAACAAAAUAGUCAAACGAAAACCCGUUUGAUGGCUAAAGCCUCAGCUUUGUUAGAGAGAUCACGCAUGACUUUGCGUGGCAGCUGUAAUACAGCAAUUAAUAAAUCUAAACUUACAUCACAAAUUCAAAGAUCGAACCUCAGUUUACACGGUACUAGAACACAAUUUAGAAAAUUUAAAACAACAUCAUCAGCUAAAUUACUAUACGAACCAGUAAAAGCUAAUAAAACUCUAGAACAAACAAAUAUUCCCACAAUCAAUUUGCUAGAAAAUGAAAAUGUUGUGGUCUCCUCCACAACAAAUACCUACGAUGAAAGACCAACUCAUGAACCUUUGCCCACGGCAUCGCCUAUUACUUUAACAUCCCUACAUAAUGCAGCUUCCUAUGUCAUUGCCUCCUCACCCAUUCAAACCAAAGACCAAUUUACACAAUGCAAUACUAAUAGUGGUGUACAAUAUCUUAACACCGGGCCAUUGCCUACACAAACCAUGCGCAAUCCUUUAAAAUCUGAUUAUGGAAUUGUUCUUCAUAUUUACCUUGAAGUAGAUAUAUUGAUUGUGAUACAGGAACGCUUAGUAAGCUUUUGGAAAUGCUCAAAAUUGAUAAAUAUUUUAUCUGUGUUACCUACAAGUAAACCAACAGCUUGUGCUCACAACACCGUUUUACAGCAGGGUGAAAUAGUAUCAACAUUGCCGAAACAAAAUCUUAUAGACCAUUGUUGUAAAAUCAAAUGCGACAACCUGCCUCAUCGUCAACAUAUAUGGAAUCGAAUACUAGUGGUGAAUGGAUUCAGUUGGGAGAAUUUUGAAAUCUCAGUACCUUAUGCAAAUCGCAUUUGUCUACACAAUUCCACACCCAUUUAUUUAGAAAUGCGCGCACGACAAUUGCCUAAAAAUCAACGUGAUUGUAAUUUACUGUCAAUGUAUAUAAAUAUUUACUAUUAUCAUGAUGAGGAUAUGAUUGCUAAAUGUAACUCCAUACCUUUGGAUACAAUACAAAGUGAACUAUACAACAUUAAUAGAUUCACGUAUUUUAUUAUGACUUGGCCACGAAAUUUGCUGGGCAAAACACGUUCGGGUUUAUGUAAAUCGUUAACACCCCAACUGGAUACAUUGGCCAGUAUAGAGAGUUUAAAUAUGCGUCAUACUAUACGUUAUCUGGAGUGUAUGCGUGAUGAUAAAUUAAUCGGUUUUGGAGAGACACAAGUCACUAUAUGGGAUCAUCGUAGUGGUGAUGUAAUGAAUUUUGAUCUCGAAAUUCCUAUGGGUAAAAAUCUAGGUUCCAUUUAUUUCGCCAGUCAAGAUAUCGAACAAAAUAAUAUGUUAAUAUUACAUCAAUAUCGUAAUAUACAAAACGAUACAGCUCCACAACUAAUGACUCUAGCCUGUAGUGUAACACAUAAUCAGCCAUCAUAUAGAGUACUGCAGGAGAUUAGCUUGCCUGCACCAGCUUUUAUAGAUAUUAAAAGUUCUGUUAAAAGUGUCGAUCAUUUAGUAGUGGUCGCUGACAAUGAGGAUGAAUUAUGGAUUAGUUGUGCUAAUCCCAGAUUAAUUACUGUUAUGAAAACGUUAGGAGUGGCCAAACGUUUUUAUAAUCGUGAGAAAACACAAUUAAUAGAACUUAACGAGAAAACACUUAAUCUUAAUACAAUAACUAAUCAUAUUUUACAAUUAGCGGCUGGUAAAGAGGAUGUUUAAAUAUACAGCUUUACGUGCUUAAUGUAAGUAAUUUGAAAUGUUGCUUCUUUGUUAUUUAUAAAAAAAAAUCUUUUGAACAAAAUUUCACUUUUUAAAAAUUUAUUUUUUCUUUUUUUUUUUAUUAUGUUUUCUAAAAUUUAUAAAAAAAAUAAACUUUAUUAAAAGCUUUGCGUAUUAAGUAUAGACACAAUGUCCAAAUAACUUUGUAUUUGAAAUAUUGUUUUUCUUUAUAACAACAAAAUGUGCAAACAAAAUGUAAAAUAUUUUUAAAAAACUAAUUUCUUUCUAAAAUAUAUAUAUAUUAAACUGUAACUACUGUAACUGUAUAAAAAUGAUAACUUUAAUAGUUUAGAAAUAAUUUUUAAACAUUUUUUUUCGCCUUAAACAAAAUACUGUGUCUGAGACAUUGGAUUUUUUUUAUUAAUUUUUCUUUUCUUUUAAAUAUAUAAUUAGUUUUAGUUUAAAUUUUAAUAAUUUAUCUUUUUUUUAUAAAUUUCAUAAAUUUUUAAUAAUUUUAGCAAAAGUUUAAUAAUGGUUGCCUUUGUUAGCUAGGAAAUUAAAGAAGACAUUUGUCCGAUGAGAAAGUUAAAUAAAUUCUUUAAGAAAGUCUAAACAUUCGAGAAUAAAUUCUGGAAAAAUUAACAAAAUCUUCAACAUUUCUUUUUUUUUUUUUUUU